AUGUCGGGCUAUCCAGGUGGUCACAACGACCAUUAUGAUGAUGGCUAUGGCCAUCACGGCAGCAACGCUCAAGGGAAUGCGGACUCGUAUUAUCAGGACGAUCAGUACUAUGACAAUGGUUAUGAUGCACGUGGGGGUCAUGGAGGCCAAAACGGAGACGGGUAUUAUGACGAAUCUGGCUACUACAAUGCCGAUCCGAAUAACCCUUAUCAUCAAGAUGGUGGUUACUACGACGGGCAUGACCAGUAUCAAGAUGAAUAUUACAACGGCCAAGGUGGUUACUACGAGCAGGAUUACAAUCAAGGCUAUGGUGGCCACGGCGGCCGCCAUGGGUCUGAGGAAGAUUCUGAGACAUUCAGCGACUUCACAAUGAGGUCGGAUAUGGCUCGCGCUGCUGAAAUGGACUACUACGGUCGCGGGGACGAACGUCAUAACAGUUAUGGCGAUGGCCACCGGGGUUAUCGACCACCUUCCUCACAAAUUUCAUAUGGUGCAAAUCGCUCAUCUGGUGCAUCAACUCCCAAUUAUGGAAUGGACUAUGGCAAUGUGCUUCCCGCUGGUCAACGCUCCCGGGAACCAUAUCCUGCCUGGACAUCUGACGCUCAAAUCCCAUUGUCCAAGGAAGAAAUUGAGGACAUCUUCUUGGACCUCACCGGCAAAUUUGGCUUCCAGCGUGAUAGCAUGAGGAACAUGUACGACCACCUUAUGACUCUGCUUGACUCCCGCGCUUCUCGCAUGACGCCCAACCAAGCCUUGCUCUCCCUUCACGCUGAUUAUAUCGGCGGCGACAAUGCCAAUUAUCGCAAAUGGUACUUUGCGGCUCACCUUGAUUUAGACGAUGCUGUUGGUUUUGCCAACAGGUCAACAAAGGGCUUACGCCGCAAGGCCAAGAAUAAGAAGAAGAAGAAUGCUGACGAAAAUGUCAACGAAGCCGAUGCGCUUCAAGAUCUGGAAGGUGACGAUAGCCUGGAAGCGGCUGAAUUUCGCUGGAAGACUCGAAUGAACCGCAUGUCACAACAUGAUCGUGUCAGACAGAUUGCUCUGUACCUCCUCUGCUGGGGCGAAGCCAACCAAGUGCGAUUCAUGCCGGAGUGCUUGUGUUUCAUCUUCAAGUGUGCAGAUGACUAUCUUAAUUCCCCUGCCUGUCAAGCCCUUGUUGAACCAGUGGAUGAGUUUACUUACCUGAACAAUAUCAUCACGCCACUCUAUCAAUAUGUUCGCGAUCAGGGAUAUGAGAUUCUUGAUGGUGUUUACGUGCGCCGCGAACGUGAUCACAAGCAUAUAAUUGGAUAUGAUGAUUGCAAUCAGUUGUUCUGGUAUCCAGAAGGCAUUGAGCGCAUUGUAUUACAAGACAAAAGCAAGCUGGUAGAUGUUCCGCCGGCAGAGCGUUAUAUGAAGCUGAAAGAGAUCAACUGGAAGAAAUGCUUUUUUAAAACGUACAAGGAGUCGAGAUCCUGGUUUCACCUUCUCGUCAACUUCAACCGAAUUUGGAUCAUUCAUCUCACAAUGUUUUGGUUUUAUACAGCGCACAACGCCCCGUCGCUUCUUGUGGGCAAGGAUUAUCAGCAGCAGCUGAAUCAACAGCCAGCCGGAUCCCGACACCUCGCUGCGGUCUCUAUUGGCGGAGGCAUAGCAUCACUCAUUCAGGUUUUGGCUACACUUGCUGAAUGGGCAUAUGUCCCCCGCCGAUGGGCUGGCGCACAGCAUUUGACCAAGCGCCUUCUUUUCUUGCUCCUCAUCUUCAUCAUCAAUGUUGCCCCUGCGAUCAAGGUUCUUUUCAUGCCCACCAAGCUAAAACAAUCAGGCGAUGUGGAUAUUGACUACAUCAUUGGUAUUGUCAACUUCAUUAUCGCAGUGAUUACCUUCCUGUUCUUCUCAGUCAUGCCUCUGGGUGGUCUGUUUGGUAGUUACCUGACAAAGAAUUCGCGGCAAUAUGUGGCAAGCCAAACGUUCACAGCCAGCUGGCCACGUCUGAAAGGAAAUGACAUGGCAAUGUCCUUCGGCCUGUGGUUAACCGUGUUCGGAGCCAAGUUCGGAGAGUCAUACGUAUACCUCACACUCUCCUUCCGGGACGUUAUCCGCUACUUGUCAAUCUUCAAGCCCAUAUGCAUAGGUGACAGUAUCCUGCAGACGUACCUGUGCUCCAACCACACGUAUAUUCUGUUGGCUCUCAUGGCGUUUACGGAUCUGAUCUUUUUCUUCCUGGACACAUAUCUCUUCUAUGUUCUUUUGAACACGAUUUUCUCCAUUGCCCGAUCUUUUUAUAUCGGCUCAUCAAUUUGGACACCUUGGAGAAAUAUCUUCUCUCGUUUGCCCAAGCGUAUUUACUCCAAAGUUUUGGCAACGACGGACAUGGAGAUCAAGUAUAAGCCAAAAGUCCUGAUUUCACAAGUCUGGAACGCUAUUGUCAUUUCAAUGUAUCGUGAGCAUCUGCUAGCGAUAGAUCAUGUACAGAAACUGCUGUAUCAUCAGGUGCCUUCUGAACAGGAGGGUAAAAGGACGUUGCGAGCUCCUACAUUCUUCGUCUCGCAAGAAGAUCAUUCCUUCAAGACAGAGUUCUUCCCCAGCCAAAGCGAAGCCGAACGCCGAAUCUCCUUCUUCGCGCAAUCGCUAUCGACUCCUAUUCCUGAGCCACUUCCUGUUGAUAAUAUGCCAACGUUUACAGUUAUGAUUCCCCACUAUAGCGAGAAGAUUCUUCUCUCUCUUCGUGAAAUUAUUCGCGAGGAUGAGCCAUAUUCCCGCGUCACACUGUUAGAGUACCUCAAGCAGCUGCACCCUCAUGAAUGGGACUGUUUCGUGAAGGAUACCAAGAUUCUCGCAGACGAAACCGCGCAAAUGAAUGGCGACCCAGAAAAGGAUGAAAAAGAUACAGCGAAGAGCAAAAUUGAUGACCUCCCCUUUUACUGUAUUGGGUUCAAAUCAUCCGCUCCUGAGUAUACCCUGCGAACUCGCAUCUGGGCCUCACUUCGCUCGCAGACGCUGUACCGUACCAUUUCCGGUUUCAUGAACUACAGUCGAGCCAUUAAGCUGCUUUACCGAGUAGAAAACCCGGAAGUUGUGCAAAUGUUUGGCGGAAAUUCGGACAAGUUGGAACGAGAACUGGAGCGAAUGGCUCGGCGAAAGUUCAAAAUUGUCGUUUCAAUGCAACGUUACUCAAAAUUUAAAAAGGAAGAGAUGGAGAACGCAGAAUUCCUGCUUCGGGCUUACCCUGAUCUUCAAAUCGCGUACCUGGACGAGGAACCCCCUUUGGCAGAAGGUGAUGAGCCAAGACUUUAUUCGGCUCUCAUCGAUGGCCAUUCUGAGAUUAUGGAGAACGGCAUGAGACGACCCAAAUUUAGAAUUCAACUUUCAGGCAAUCCUGUCUUGGGCGAUGGCAAAUCUGACAACCAAAACCACUCUUUGAUUUUCUAUCGGGGUGAAUAUAUCCAACUUAUCGAUGCUAACCAAGACAACUAUCUGGAAGAGUGCCUUAAAAUUCGCAGUGUUCUUGCCGAAUUUGAAGAAAUGAAAACGGAUAAUACAUCACCGUACACACCCGGGGUCAAGAACGAGAUCAGAACUCCAGUUGCCAUUCUUGGUGCCAGAGAGUAUAUUUUCUCAGAGAACAUCGGUAUUCUUGGUGAUGUAGCCGCUGGAAAGGAGCAAACAUUUGGUACGCUUUUUGCGCGAACCUUGGCGCAGAUUGGAGGCAAGCUUCACUACGGCCAUCCUGAUUUUCUCAAUGGCAUCUUCAUGACUACCCGCGGAGGUGUGUCCAAAGCACAAAAGGGUUUACACUUGAACGAAGAUAUCUUUGCUGGAAUGAACGCUAUACUUCGUGGUGGACGGAUCAAGCACUGCGAGUACUAUCAGUGUGGAAAGGGCCGUGAUCUUGGUUUCGGUUCCAUCCUGAAUUUCACAACAAAGAUUGGAACAGGUAUGGGCGAACAGAUGCUCUCGCGCGAGUACUACUAUCUGGGAACACAACUGCCGUUGGACAGAUUUUUGUCCUUCUACUAUGCCCAUCCCGGUUUUCACGUCAACAAUAUGUUUAUCAUGCUCUCCGUACAGCUGUUCAUGUUGUGUCUGGUCAACUUUGGUGCCUUGAGGCAUGAGACAAUUCCUUGCGACUACAAUCCUGACAAACCCCCUACUGACCCGCUGUACCCUACUGGCUGUGCCAACACAGACGCCGUGAUGCAGUGGGUACAACGCAGUAUCUUCUCCAUCUUUUUUGUGUUUUUCCUAUCCUUUGUUCCUCUAAUUGUUCAGGAACUUACGGAACGCGGUGUUUGGCGUGCCUUGGUCCGCUUCUUGAAGCAAUUCUUCUCUCUGUCUCCAUUUUUUGAAGUGUUUGUGUGCCAGAUUUACGCGAACUCUGUGCAGCAGGACCUUUCGUUUGGUGGCGCUCGAUAUAUUGGUACUGGGCGAGGUUUUGCUACUGCCCGUAUCCCUUUUGGGGUACUCUACUCCCGUUUCGCUGGGCCCUCAAUCUACUUCGGCGCCAGAUUAUUGAUGAUGUUGCUUUUUGCUACAGUAACUGCCUGGCAGGCAGCGUUGACAUACUUCUGGAUCACGCUCUUGGGUCUCACAAUUUCUCCAUUCUUGUACAAUCCGCACCAAUUCGCAUGGAACGACUUUUUCAUUGAUUAUCGCGACUUCCUUCGCUGGCUCUCUAGAGGCAACUCAAGGAGCCAUGGGCAAUCUUGGAUUGCCUUUUGCCGCCUGUCGCGCACAAGGAUCACGGGAUAUAAGCGCAAGGCUCUUGGUGAAGCAUCGGCAAAACUAUCUGCUGACGUCCCACGUGCUGCUAUCGCCAACAUUUUCUUCACUGAAAUUUUAACGCCUUUAUUGCAAGUUGUCUGGACCUUGAUACCGUACUUAUUUAUCAAUGCGCAGACCGGCGUUGAACAGUCCAAUAAUCAGGAUAUCAGCAACGUGGAUGAAUAUUUGAAACCUACUGCGAGUCUUAUUCGAGUACUGGCUGUUGCCUUAGCACCCAUCGGUAUUAAUGCUGGCGUACUUGCGGCAAUGUUUGGAAUGGCUUGCUGUAUGGGUCCCGUAUUGAGCAUGUGCUGCAAAAAAUUCGGCAGUGUACUUGCAGCUAUUGCGCACGCCAUGGCGGCUAUUAUUAUGCUCAUCAUGUUUGAAGGCAUGUUUUUUUUGGAAGGCUUGAAUUUUGCUCGAACACUGGCUGGGAUGAUAGCUGUGAUUUCUAUCCAGCGAUUCAUUUUCAAGCUGAUCGUAGCGAUUGCUCUGACCCGAGAGAUGAAGACCGACCAGUCUAACAUUGCAUUUUGGACGGGUAAAUGGUACUCCAUGGGCUGGCACUCGUUGUCGCAACCAGGCCGCGAGUUCCUUUGCAAAAUCACAGAACUCAGCAUGUUUGCAGCCGACUUUAUCCUAGGGCAUUGGCUGCUUUUUAUGAUGCUGCCGGUAAUUCUAGUUCCACAGGUGGACAAGCUUCACUCUAUGAUGCUCUUCUGGUUGAAACCAAGUCAGCAAAUUCGACCACCCAUUUAUUCUAUGAAACAGUCUAAAUUGCGUCGUCGACGAGUAACUCGAUACGCCAUUCUCUACUUCGUUUUAUUGGUUGUAUUUGUUGGACUCAUUGUUGGACCGGUCGUCUUGAAAAAGGCAAAUGUGUUGACAACCGACAACUUUAAGAAGUGGUACACCAGUCUUCAGCCUGGUAAAAUGCGUCUCAUGCAACCCAACUUCCUGAACAACAAGAACACACAUCAAAGCUCAGAGACUGGCACAGCCAACCCAACCUACUCAUACCCGUCCAACUACGGCCCUUCGUCAGAGUCCGGCUCGGCACAAACGACAUCCUAG